AUGCUGCUUCAAUUGUUGCAGUCAUUCAAUACAUCCCUGGGGGAUGUUCUCCUUCAGGUUGCCACAAUUCUCAUCUUGCUGCUGGGCAUUGGCUUUGCUAUCGCGUUUCUAUGUGGAAAUCACUACAAAACGCGCAGAAGACUGAAACACCUCCAAAAUGUGGGAUCUGACACCAGCAGAAUGGCGGACCAGUACAGUCCUAAAUUCGCGGUCUCACCAAGCGCCCGGGUAGACGGCCCAGUGCGAAUUAAAGCAUUGUAUCUUCACCCGGUCAAGUCUUGUGGCCCGAUCGAGGUUGAUCGAGCCUUGCUCACUAAGACCGGGUUUAUGUACGACAGAUGCUUUGCCUUGGCAACGGAGAACACGGACAAAGAUGAUGCGGGCUCGUGGCGGUUCAUCAGCCAACGCACCAAGCCCCUCAUGUCACGGAUCAAGACAGAGAUAUGGGUUCCUCAUUCAGGCAGUGAUCCAAAUGAUCCUCUGGUUCAAUCGGGCGGAUGCUUGGUUAUGAAGUUCAAUGAUCCAGGCAUACCCACCUGGAUCGACCAAAUCGAUGCGUUCUUCCAGACGUGGAACCCUUUUGCCAUCCCGGAAAUCAUCGCUGUCGUGCCUCUUCAAUUAACGACAUCCCAACUCGAAGAAAGUCAACUGAAAUUGGAGACGUUCGGUAUUCAUAGCCGUGACGCAAUGGGCCUUGACUACGGCCGCAUCCCUUCUGUCGCAGCAGUCUUUCCCAAGCUAAAGAUGUUUUUGAGCAUCCCGGCAGACCAAAGCCUCACCCUCUUCAAAUGCACACCCGACACAUUGACUCGUACUGAUAAGAACCUUGCACCGCUCGAACACAUUGGUACCCCGGCCGUGCAUGGCUACACAGAUCAACAGCCUAUCAACAUCAACAGUUUGUCUUCGGUUCAUGCCGUAUCGGCCCUCCUGCCCCCUGAAAACCAACCGAUGAAUGCGCUUCGUUUCCGCGCAAAUAUAUGGAUCACCAACACCCCUGCCUUUGAAGAAGAGACAUGGAAGCGCUAUCGCAUUCUGCCAAAGAGUACUGGCACGAAACCACGAGCGAAAAUAGCACCGAAACUGUCUGUUGUGUGUCGAACAUCGAGAUGUACGAUGCCCAACGUCAACCCGGACAAAGGGACGUUUGACACCGACAUCCCACGCCCCGACAAGAAACGUGGGAAACCACAGCCCAGCACUACACUGGUUGAGCACCGUACGAUUGAGACUGGCAAUAGAUCUGCACUCGGCUAUCUUGGCAUGCACUGUGUUCCCGAGGACUCAAGUCUGAAGACAGCCGAAGAGCAGGGGCAAGGAUUAUACGUUGAAGUUGGUGAUGAGAUUGAAGUCAUAGAACGUGGGACUCAUCUCUAUGGAUCUACGGGUGACGAUUAUUAG